AUGCAUUCUGUGUAUGCUGCUCUGACAAGGUACAACAACCAAGGUAGCCAUUCUGAUCUGCCCAGAUCUGGUAGAACCAGAUUGUCCAAUGCUCGUGAUGACCGCCGUCGUAUUCGAGAGUCACUUCAGAACAGGAGGCUUACCGUUCCGGAUCUUACAGCAUCAUGGAACCAUGCUGGUGUAGCUUCCUCUACUUCAACUGUCCGUAGGCGACUGGAGGAUGUUGGUUUGACUGGACAUGUUGCCAAGAAAAAGCCUUUACUUUCCCAGAGGCACAGAAAUCUGAGAUUGGCAUUUGCCAGAGAGCAUAUGGCUUGGACACGGGUUGAUUGGUCGGCAGUUUUGUGGAGUGCUGUACCAUCGGCCCACUACUUGGGCUAUGGAGGUAAUUUCUGGCUGCAGGACGAUGGCGCACCUUGUCAUAGGGCAAGAAUUGUCACAGUAUGGAAGAAUACCAAAUGGAAUUCGAAGUUUAGUGUUUUGCCUCCUCAGUCUCUAGACUUGAACCCGAUUGAUAAUCUGUGGUGGGACAUCAAGAAAGCUCUUAAAACAAGACGAAGUGCAAAUCUUAACGAACUGGAGAUGAAUGUGAGGCAGUGUUGGGAGGAAAUUGCAGUGGAACUAUGUGAGAGACUAGUGAAUAGCAUGCCUAGGCAUGUUCAGGCUGUCUUAGCUGCUAAUGGUGGUUACACUAAGUAUUGA